GACAAACCAUCAUCUCUCCCUCUGCCCUUUCUGAAUCAUGGAAUACCUAAAAUGAAGACUCUCUCUCUCUGAGCAAAUGCAUAGAUAUGGACUUUUUAUAUGUAUAAAUAUAUAAUUUCACUUUGUUAAUCCAUUCGUAUUUUACACUCCUGCAAUUCGCUAGGGUUCGGGGCUGGUGAAACGCCUCUGCUCGAUCAAGUAAUGUUUGCCAAUAUUCCCCGAGUUUACGUUCUGAGAUGAUCGGUACAGAAGGCUAUUAUAAACAUAAGCUGUCCAACUUUUAGCUUGUACGUGUGACUAAUGGGUGCUGCUUGCUGUAUUGCUGCAAAGGACAGAACUAUAGUGCACGGACCAAGUAGUGGAACACUGCAGAGGCAUGUUCGGUAUUCACCAUCAUGGAGCUUUAGAUGGGAUAAUCGUGGUCGGGUAGCUGAAGAAGAAACACAUGCAAAUUGGUUGCAUGAUGGAGAUGUAGGAAAUCGUCAAGUAGAAGUAAAAUAUAGUAAUUCUGCUUUGGACGAAGGUAGUCCAGUAGUUGGUCGUCACUCACGUUGGCAGAAGUCUCAUGUUUCUGAUGGAAAUGCGGGUAAUUCAAAUUUCCAAAUUUCAGAUGAAGCCAUCUCCAGGAAUCUAGUGGAGGUCAAGGACUCUGCAGAUUCUCGAUCAGUUUCACACCCAUCACCAGUCAAGCUAUCUCCCUUAUCCACAUCUGCAACGUCCCCCGUGACUUCACAAAGUCAGUUUCUUCGUCCGGACUCAACUCCUUCAAGAUGCCAUCACUAUUCUCGUGGACCCCAGUUUUUGCACCAAGUGCCUGCUAGCAAGAUCCCAGAAUAUAAAUCACCACCAUUCUCAAUUUCUGAAGAAACCUCUUCGCAUCCGCCUCCUGAUUGGGGCAGCGAAUCAGCUAGGGUCUCCAAUGGCGGGUCUUCAGACAGUUGGUCCAUCCCCGUGCUCUCUGAGCUCACGGCUACCCGAAGAGAGAGGUGGUCAUUCGGUAGCGAAAACUCACACUUCAGUGUCGAUAAAAUUGCUACAAGUUCAGGGUCACCUCCUGCUGAUCUCCAAACUUGCGGUGUUUGUGCGAAGCUUUUGACCAUGAGAUCCUCGUGGGAGUGGGCCAGCCAAAAGUUCGUAUCAAGUAACGAACUAGCCGUGGUUUCUAUUCUAGCAUGUGGCCACGUCUACCAUGCCGAAUGCUUGGAGCAUAUGACUCCUGAAAUCAACAAGUAUGACCCAGCCUGCCCGGUCUGUACUUACGGGGAAAAACAGGCUGUGAAGAUGUCUGAGAAGGCUUUGAAAGCUGAACUGGAUUUAAAACAUAGAAAGAGACGUAGUAAAAAGCAUGCUGAUGGUAGUGAUUGGAGAGCUGAGGCAAAAGGUUCCAAAAUGGGCUCGAGUAUAAUCAACAAGAGCUCGCCUUUCUUGAAACGACACUUGUCUUUUGGCUCGAAAUCUGGUAAGUUGCUGCAAGAGAAUCAUAUGCUUGCUCGAAGAAAGCCAUUUUUCUGGGCAAAAUCUAGCAAGGAGUGAGCUCUACUGGGGUUAUUGUUUUGAACUUGAUAUUUCAUGACCACACAAAUUGCGUUAGUGCUCAAUAUUGAAAUCUCUUCUCACAGAUUA